AUGGAUAAAUCAAGGCCUAUGAAUCUAGUACCGGAGCCUAUUGAGGCAGAUGAUCUUUCGUUACCGAAUUCACAGUCUGGUGGAGACGAAGAGAAAGAAAAACAAAGAGCCGCUCUUCAGAUAAUGCGCGAAGCUCGUAGGCAGUCAAAGUGGAGUUCCCGGGCUGCUAAGGAGAGGGCUACUCACGAACGUGAGGAGGCCGAGAGACGUCGACUUGAGGCAGAACUCUCUUUAGAAGCUGAAAGAAAAAGGAAGCAAGAGUUGCGAGGCAUUGAGGAAGAGAAGCGUCUACUUGUUGAAGCUAGAAAGCAUGAAGAUAUUGCCAAGCGCAAUGGUUGGUACACCAGAAGGUAUUAA